UGCACCUCCCAUCUGCCCUGUGCAUCCCAAGCAGAGCAGAGCAGAGCCGCAUCCUGCAAGCGGAGCAUGAGCUGAGAGCAUCACAGUGCUGUCCUUUCCCCAAAAAAGGAAGGUAUCCAAAGGUUCGGAGGGCAACGAGGGGCCAUGCCGGUCCUUAAAAACCCCUACACGCCAAAGAUGGCCAAUGGGGAUGCGGCCGGCGGGACGCUCAUUCUGGAGAAGGAGAGCCCAGGCAACAACCCCUUUGAGGAGGACCUCGAGGAGAACGAGAGGGACGCGCUCCCGUCUCCGAAAGGCGACCGCCGCAGUGGGACUUUCUUGCAGGGCCUUUUCGACGGCAGCCCCGAAGAGCGCUUCCGGCGCCGAGCCACGCUGGAACGGCUGGUGGGCCUCUCUCCUUUCCGGAUGGGCAAAGGGAAGAAGAAGUCCCUUGGGGAGAAGAGCCUGGACCGACGCUCCUUCCUGGGCCGCAUGAUGACCCCGCUGACCGACGGAAACCCGGGACCGCGCAAGCCGCGCCGCUCCUCCGAGGACUUCAGCCUCCUCCAGCGCUUCAACGGCCGCCGCAAAGAGGGACUCUACGCUUCAGACUGCGGCUUGGCGGAGAAGGAGAACGGCGGGGACGCCAUGAAGCGCUUCCUCAAGAUCGGCCUCGGGGGCAAAGUGCGGAGGCCUUCGCUGGUGGAGAAACUCAACCAGACAGAGACGGCGGUCGAGGCCGAGACCGUGGCCGAAGAGGCCGAAGCCAAGGCCAAGGAACCGCUCUCCGUUCUGGAAAUCCUGGGCCUGAUCCAUAAGCGGGACCUGCUGGUGGCCGACGAGCACAUCAUCGAGCUGGAAGCCGAGUGCGAAGUGGCGGACGCGCAUCCGCCGACCCCGGAGGGCGAGAGUAGUAAGGACGACAGCCGCAAGGCCAAGGACGUGUCCUUGCUCUACGAAGCCCUGCUGAAGGAGCUGUGGUCAGUGCUGGCCGAGUCCUUGGCCUCCAAAAGCGCCCUGGCGCCCUUGGAGAUGAUGGUGCGGGUCAUCGACCAGGAGGAAGAGGUGGACCGCAAGUGGACGGAGGCCCGAGCUGGCCGUGGUGGAGGAGGAGGGCGGCCGCGGGCUAUGCGCCGGUGCUGGGCAGAAGCGGUGGGCGAGCUGGUCCAGCAGCGGUUGAGCCGGUGCCUGGAAAACCAAGGCCGCCCGGUCGGAGCCCUGGCCGCCCAGAUGGACCGCCUGGCCAAGGCCGCCCUGGAGGACCUCUGCACGGUCAAGUUCCACCUCCUGCACGCCUACCCCAAGGACUACCAGGCGUUUGGGGUCUACCUCUGCGGCUACCACCGGGGGCUGGCCCUCCACUUGGCCCAAGCCGUCCAGAAGAGCCUGACCGUUUCCGAGCUCUACUUCGUGCUCGACUGGAACAGCAACAUCUACCAAAGAGAGGUUUUAGGUCGAGCCGAAAUCUCGUCGCUCGUGAAGGGCCACGAUCUGGGUCCACUGCUGCCUCCCGAGACCCAGUUCGAAUUGGAGGAGGAGUGCAUCGCCAAGGUCAAGGACAAGAUCAUUGACGACAUGCACCAAGCGCUGGAGAAGGAAGAAGAGACGUGGGCGCAAGAAAGCGAGGGAGACGGUGUCCAGUUUGGCCUCUCCAGCAAAGCCAUCAUGGUCUUAAAGGCUCAUGCAGACAAAGCCCCCCAAAUCACAGAAGAUUUUGGCAGAAGGAUGGCUUAUUGUUGCCUUACCAGCCUGGCAGAGUUCUUGCAAAGUUUCCAAAGGAAGGUGGAGAUUUUCCAUGAGCAGCAAGUGGAGAACGCCCUGACGCCCGACUGCUACAUCAGCCGGACCAUCAUGCUGGUCAACUGCUGCCCAGCCUUCAGGGACUAUGCUGACCGCUUGGCGAGGGUCAGCGGUCCAGAGAGCGAAGCCGGACAGCGCCAGGCCAACACUGCCCUGGACAGAGUGACCCGGCUCUGCAACCGAGUGCUGGCCGCUCACCUCUUUCAAGAACUCAAGCCUUACUUCCACAAACUGAUGAAGAGGAAGUGGCUCAACAACUCGGAGGCCUUUCCGACCAUCAUGGCGCUCCUCCGGGAACAUGCCCAGAAGCUGAGCAAGAUGAAGCUGGAGCCCUACCAGAUGCUGGUGAAGGAGGUCCACCGGCGGGUGCUGAUCGAGUACAUCCGGCCCCUGAUGCGCGUCCGGCUCAUUUGCACCUCUUCCAAGAUGCGGGCCAAGGUGGCCAACAAGCUGCGCAGCGAAGCCAAGCAGCUGCAGGAAUUCUUCAUCCAGCUGGAGUCCACUUCGUCCUGGCUGGAUUCGGUGGUGCCGCACCUGGCCGGGAUCAUUGAGCUGGAGGACAUGCCGGCCAUCCAGAUGGAAGUGGGCUUCUUGGCCAGAGAAUUCCCCGACGUCCAGAAGACGCACGUCUCGGCCAUCCUGGACGUGCGGGGUUUGCAGAACCAAUCCCAGCGGCAGGACAUCCUGGCGGUGAUGGACGGGCUGGACGUCCCGGACGGAGAGGAAGCCCCUUCGCAGGAGCAGUCCUUCUUCUCGGAGAUCCCCACCAGCGAGGUCUUCUGCGUCCGCGUCCAGCUGCACCGCAUCUCCCACCUGGGCCUCUCCUGCCUCUCGCGGCUGCGCCCAAGGUCCAGGGUGCGCCAGUUGCGCCGACAGCACCAGCGGCAAAGGCGGAGGCCCAAGGAGGACGAGUCCCAAGCCUGAGAAUCUGGAGAUGCAGAGAUUCCCAGUUCCCAAAGACCCUGCGACUGGGAGGACCAAGACUCUCCAAUAAGACACACUCCAACUCUCCUCUCAUAUUUCUUCCAAAAGAUGGGACAAAUCUUCACUGCUCUUUUUGGAAACACACCGUCGUUUUGAAAUAUUUUUCUGGCCAUAUUUGGAAACUCACAUAUGCAUUGGCCUUUGCUCCCCUAUACAGAAAUACGGUGCACCAUUUUGCAAUAUUUUUCUGGCCAUAUGGAAGAUUUGCACAUAGCAUUGGCCAUUGCUUCCCUAUAAAGAAAUGUGCGUUGUGUAUCUUUUUGGAAACACACCAUCGUUUUGCAAUAUUUUUCUGGCCAUAUUGGGAACCUUGCAUAUGCAUUGGCCUUUGCUCCCCUAUAAAGAAAUACAGUGCACCAUUUUGCAAUAUAUUUUCGCCAUAUGGAAGACUUGCGCAUAGCAUCGGCCAUUGCUCCCCUAUAAAGAAAUAUGGUGUAUUGUUUAUCUUUUUGGAAACACACCAUCGUUUUGCAAUAUUUUCCUAGCCAUAUUGGAAAACUUGCACAUGGUAUUGAACUUUGUUCCCCUAUAAAGAAAUAUGCUGCAUCAUUUUGCAAUAUGUUUCUGGCCAUAUUGGAAAACUAGCAUAUGGUGUUGGACAUUGCUCCCCUAUAAAGAAAUACGGUGCAAUGUUUUGCAAUAUAUUUCUGGCCAUAUGGAAAACUUGCACAUAGCAUUAGCCAUUGCUCUCCUGUAAAGAAAUAUGGUGCAUUGUUUUGCAAUAUGUUUCUGGCCAUAUUGGAAAACUAGCAUAUGGUAUUGGACAUUGCUCCCCUAUAAAGAAAUAUGGUGUAUCAUUUUGCAAUAUGUUUCUGGCCAUAUUGGAAAACUAGCAUAUGGUUUUGGACAUUGCUCCCCUAUAAAGAAAUACAGUGCAUUGUUUUGCAAUAUGUUUCUGGCCAUAUUGGAAAACUCGCAUAUAGUAUUGGCCAUUGCUCCCCUGUAAAGAAAUAUGGUGCAUCAUUUUGUAAUAUUUUUCUGGCCAUAUGGAAGACUUGCGCAUAGCAUUAGCCAUUGUCCCCCUGUAAAGAAACAUGGUGCAUCGUUUUGCAAUAUUUUUCUGG